AAGAGAAGCGAAAGGUGGUUCGGCAAUUAUUGUACUUUCCACUUUGUAGCACAUCGCAACGCCAUCUCUGCUUUCCAGUCCCUCUGUGCUCACCCCACCAACAGGAGCUUCCUCCUCCCCACUCCGCUCCGAUCCCGCACCCUCGCCGAGCGUUAAUACCCUUACCACCCCGGUGAGGCGGUAACCCCAAAACAGCACCCCCUUCUUCCCCUGGCCUCUGUAAGAACCUGAGAGACACAGAUACCGAAGCCCGAGGAUUCCGUCCGUCUGACUCACAGUACGAAACCCUGGCAAGCAGUCCUGCUCAAACUUUUUUGUUUUCUUGUUUUCUUCUUAUUUUUUUCUCUACCCACGGAAAAAUUGGAAAAUAAUUAAUUGCCAUUUCCUUAAAAACCCAAAUAAAUGAGAUGGAUGUGGUCACCUUCGGGGUCAUAGUGGGCAUCAUCGUCCUCUUCUUCGUCGUCGUCUGCUUCGUGACCAUUGAGGGCACUUGCUGCCAGUCCUCCGGUUAAAAAACCCCCAAUCAAAUGCUUUCCUCCUUGCCGUCCGGGCGGCGCCAUCGCCUCCUCCUCCUCCUCCUCUUGGCUCUCGUCUCUGCCGCUGCGGCCCCUCUUGUCGCGGCUCACGGGGAGCACUCGCCGGCCUGCCCCUUCUCCACCCCCGCCGGAUCCGACCACGAGGGCCACCAUCACCAUUACGACCACGACCACCAUCACCUCCAUGAUCAUCACCAUGAACAUCGGCGGGAGAUCCGGUCGACCAUGCUGCCGGAGGAACUGGCCGAGGAGGAGGAUCUGAUGCUCGAGCGAUUCGAUCACGACCACCACCACCAUCACGAUCACCAUCACCACCAUCCCCACCAUCAUGAUCACCAUCACCAUCACCACGACCAUCAUUCUCAUGGUGAUCGUCCUAGCGAGUUGUCACUAAUAGGUAUAUGGGUGCGGGCGAUGGGGUGCUCGUUGCUGGUGAGCUUGGCGUCCCUGAUAUGCCUCGCAAUCUUGCCGGUGAUAUUACUGCAGGGGAAGCCGUCCAAGAGCUUGGUGGAUUCUUUGGCUGUUUUUGGGGCAGGGGCAAUGCUAGGUGAUGCUUUUCUUCAUCAGCUGCCACAUGCUUUUGGUGGUGAACAUUCUCAUUCACAUGAGCAUCAUCAACAUCAUCUUGAACAUGGACAUUCACAUUCUCAUUCUUUAGAAGAUCUUUCUGUUGGAUUAUCCAUUUUGUGUGGAAUUGUACUUUUUUUCCUAGUAGAAAAGGUUGUAAGAUAUGUGGAAGAUAAUUCUGUAAAAGGAGCUUAUGAGGUGGGGCAUGGACACCACCACCACCAUAAACGCCAUGACAAACUGAAAGAUGACAGUAAGAAUCAUGAUGAGUCAAAUUCAAAGCUUGAUGAACCAAAGGACACAUUAAAUGAUGAACAUAAUGGCUGCCAAAAUGAUGAAAAUCACACUGAACGUGAAACCCUUCUUCGUAAGCGAGCCACAUGUAGUGGUGCUACAAAUGAUGAUAAGGAGGAGCUAAAUGCUGGAAAUGGUCUUACAACAAAAAAGCCAUCCUUGAACAUGACAGCUCAACCAUCAAGUUUGGUGUUUGGCUACCUGAAUCUUUUUUCUGAUGGUGUUCACAACUUUACUGAUGGAAUGGCUUUGGGAAGUGCAUUUUUACUUCAUGGCUCAGUUGGAGGGUGGUCUAGAACGUUAUUUCUGCUUGCACAUGAGCUUCCUCAAGAGGUUGGUGACUUUGGGAUCUUGGUGAGAUCAGGAUUCUCCGUCUCCAAAGCGCUCUUCUACAAUUUCCUGUCAGCAUUAGUGGCACUGGCUGGAACUGCAUUGGCUCUGGUUUUGGGGAAAGAUCCAGGACAGUCUUCUUUGAUCGAGGGAUUUACUGCUGGUGGUUUCAUAUAUAUAGCAGUUGCAGGCGUCCUCCCAGAGAUGAAUGAUGGAAAGACAACAUUCAAAAGCACCGCAAUUCAGUUAACUUCUCUAAUAUUAGGAAUGGCUGUUGCCCUUUGCAUCUCCCUUGUCGAGUGAUGAUGUUCCUCCCUUCAGUCCUACGUUGAAAUAUAAAACUGUUUAGUGUAAUCGUAUUUUAUCUGUGCAAGAUAUAAGAUGAAUGAAAGUUUUGGAUGCCUUGAUGCAACCAUACAAGCUUCAGCUUUAUGUAAAAAUAUUUAAUGUAACCAUGUUUUCUAUGUUCAAGAUAGAAAAUGAUUAAAUGAAUGGUAGUUUUGGAUGCCUUGAUGCAAUCAUACAAGCUUCAGCUUUCCAGCAAAAA